GGCCGAGGAGAAAACUAUAGAUGGUGGAAAGGAUCCCCCAGGACGAAUAAAAGAUGAACAACCACCUUCAUUGGAACUUCACAAACAAUUUGAUUAUCAAAGGACGAUAGUACCGAAGGUUGAACAAUCUCCCAAACAUGAAACAUUACCGCUUGACAGGAGGCGGAAUAGAGUGGGGUUGGGUAAGGGUGUGGGUAGGGGCAUGGCCGAGGGUGUGGUCAAGGGCGAGGCUGAAGGGAUUGGAAGGGAGCCUAUAGAUCAAGAAGUGUCAAAUCAACUCGGAAACAGUGCUCACAAAGCCAACCCCAUUCAUCAAGAAGCGGACAUCGUCACCAGCAACUCUUCGAAAUCACAGCGAUACCGCAGCAAGUUAGUGAAAGUUACACCAACGGGGAAUGCAACGCUCGUCCUGGAGUAUACGUCCAAGUGCCCCAUUGAAAGCAAAGAUGCCAUAUCAGCACUGAGUCGUGCAAAGACGAAUGAAUGCAAACAGGAUAUUACCAACACGGUCUGUGCCACUUCUGAACGAAACUUAUAUCCUCUCUCUUUGCCUCGCCAUUGUCCGUUUUCAGGGAAGUUUGCCAAUGAGAUAGAGAGCGAUGGUAACUUUAUGUCGAUGGAUCAGGAGAGGGCUAGGAUAGCUUAUGUACUGGUCGUCCAUGGUCGUGCACUCAGGCAAGUCAGGAGGCUGAUCAGACUUCUCUACCAUCGAGAUCAUUUCUUCUACAUCCAUGUUGAUCAGGUUCGUAAUCAGAAGUAG